AUGUUUUCUUGCUGUCUUAGGACUACGCGAGGCUCAGGCCUCAAGAAGGACAAGAGCGGAGGCCAUGGUGGUGCCUGGUCAUGCAGGCUUCACUCUUGCCUUCAAUGCCUCUGGCCAUUUGCCCGGAAGGAAAAAGAGUUGACCCAGGACAACCACAGGCAGGGCCAGGGACACACUGACAAGGGUGCGCAGGGUCCUGCCCCAAGGGACCAGAAGGAGCCCUGUAGACAGUCCCCCAUCAGUGCAGACAUGGUGGAAAAGCUGGUGAACCACCUUGUGCCUUCCCUGCAGGCUGGGGACCCCUUCUUUGUCCCUGCCUUCCUGUACACAUACCGAAGGUUUGCCACCACCCAGCAGGUGCUGGACCUGCUGUUCAAGCGGUAUGCAUACUUCUACCCUUCCUGUGAGGAGGAUGAACAAAUAAAGGACACCCUCUGCACCUUCCUGGACACAUGGAUAGAUAAGAACCCUGAGGAGUUCUGUCAGACCUCAGACCUGUCCAUUCUGAGGAAGCUGAAGACCUACCUGAUUGUGAACAUGCCUCAAUCAGAUCUCAUCGUUCGUGUCCACAAGCUCCUGACAGAGUUGCAGAAAGAAGAGGCCAGUGAGUCACAGAGAGAGGACGUGGAAGACGCAGAUCAGUGGAGCCACGCCUCUGAAGACCCAGAGCUUGAAGUGUGUUAA